UGUCAUAGAGGAACAGAUCAGGUUUAUGUUGUGGAAGCUGACUGUAAAGACGCACUUCUGGACACCUCAGCGUUUCCAUCCACCAUCUACCUGCUCCUAUACAGCUCAAAAGGUCAUCAUGUUCAGCAUAGUGGUAGAACAAAUCUACCUCCUGGUCAUCGUCACCCUCAUCAGCGUGCUUCAGAACGCAUUCUUUGCCCUGAAGGUAGAGAAGGCGUGUAACAAUCCAUCUGCUUUUGAACGAGUUGCUUGUGCCAAUCGUAACUGCAUGGAUGCUUAUCCCACUUUCCUGGCAGUGAUGUGGUGUGCCGGCCUGUGUCUCAGUCAAGCUCCUGCCUCCUUUGCUGGGAUCAUCUAUCUUGUAGUCAGGCAGAAAUACUUUGUUGGAUACAUGGGACAAACCUCUCAAAGCACCCCAGGCUACCUGUUUGGAAAACGCAUCCUCGGCUUCCUGUUCCUGACGUGCAUUGUGGGAAUCUUCAACUACCUGCUGGUGCGCUUCUACGGCAGCGACUAUAAGGAAUACGUGGAAACCAUCACCAGCGCUGCAUCUGCUCUUCUCCUCAUUCCUUAGUGCAGUGUAUGUCAUGAAAUGGCAACAACAUGUCCCCACAUUUAUCUUUUAACUGAUGAGAACUAAAUUAAAACUCUGUACCCAUUUGUAUUUUCAGAUAAAAAAGUAUUUAUUGUGUUUGAGUUUGGUAAAAAUAAAAACGUCUCAUAAAGAAA